AUGCUAUCCAAGUUUCUAUCUCAUGUAUUAUUGUUGAAUGUAGCUUCCGCAACCUUUUCUUCCAAUUUUUUAUUUUUCUUGGAAGAUCUUUAUGGCCGAGACCUUGCUGAGAGUCUGGCCAGGACUGAUAUUGGACAUGAAGGGUCUUUCGGUGGAGGAUUUCAUCAGCCGAAAAGGAGGACAGAGUAGGAUUCGUGACCCUUAAUAUCUGUUCUUUUCAUGCUAGUGAAGACGCAGUAGUCUUUGUUCACGGCUACACUGGUUAUGCUGAUGACUUUGCGGAUCAAGUGGCCUUUAUGAAGAUGCAGGGAUACGACGAUACGACUCUCUAUGGUACUACCUAUGGCGAGUGGAGUGGUCCAGUCAAGAGGAUGAAUCAGACUGGGAUGGCUUGCAAAUAUGUGUUGGCGGUAAGGCGAUAUACAUUUUUUUAUCUAUCUGGCACCCUGUUAGUCAUUCCUUGUAGCCUUUAUAACUAAAGUUCGAAGUGACGUCAUUGAGCCCCCUGUUUAGGUCCGACGGUUGAUCGUAGCCGUAAAUCUGUACACGGAUCGACCGGUCAAUGUGAUUGGCGUCUCAAUGGGCGGGGCUAUCUCGAGAAAAGCCAUUAUGGGCGGAGGGUGCGUUGAGACUGGGGAAAAUCUCGGAAAACCACUCACCAAUAUCAUCAGCAAUUAUGUCGGAGUGGUCGGAGUGAUGCACGGGGCUGCUUUCUGCGAAAAAAGCGACGAGGCUGCGUGCAAUGCGAAUUUUGGUAUGAAGUGUAAUAGCAUCUUCCUUCAAGAUAUCAACUCAAAAACGAACUACGAGGGAAGAAGGAGAUUUGUAAUCGAGAGCACAGGUGAUACUUUGGUUGGAUAUUAUGCUUGCGGAACUCAUCCCAGUGAAUAUGUGGGAGGACAUAUCAUAAAAUAUCAUGGCUUCGAUCACACGGCAACGUAUAGGAACAGUUUCCAAGUGCAAUAUAUGCUAGUCUCGGAACAGUUUUAA